UGCCAGCACUAGCUUGGUGUGUGCACAAAAACAGUAAAAACAGAUACAAUAAAUAAAAGGCAUUGCGCACAGCACACAACAACAGCUCAGCACGCGCAAAGUGACUAAAUAACCGUUGUGUUGGAAUAACACACAAUUGCCUUACCAACCAGACAGCCAUCCAUUUUACUUAGUUUAGUUAGUGUGUGGCUAAGCAAACGCAAACAUAAAAAAAAAAACAGUUGACAGGCGGCGCUGGGACCGUGCAAUAGUCGUCGUCGUCGUCGUGUGAGCAAGGCGGAAGUGGAAAGGUAACAAUGCUGUGGACAGUGCAUCUGGAUGGCGGUCCACAGCGCGUCAAUCAUGCUGCUGUCGGUGUAGGGGAUUUCAUUUAUAGCUUUGGCGGCUAUUGCACCGGCGAUGAUUAUCGCUUCAACGAACCUAUCGAUGUUCAUGUACUCAAUGUGCAUUCCAUGCGCUGGACACUCGUGCCCCAGCAAUGCGACGCCAAUGGUGAUCCCCUGAAAUAUCCUUUGGUGCCAUUUCAACGCUAUGGUCACACUGUCGUGGCAUACAAGGAACGCAUCUACAUUUGGGGCGGACGCAACGAUGAGAAUCUGUGCAAUGUGCUAUACUGUUUCGAUCCGAAGACAGCGCGUUGGACACGUCCAGCGGUCAGUGGUUGUUUGCCCGGUGCUCGCGAUGGACAUUCCGCCUGUGUGAUUGGUGAAUGCAUGUAUAUCUUUGGUGGAUUCGUCGAUGAGAUCAAUGAAUUCAGCAGCGAUGUGCAUGCCCUAAAUCUCGAGACAAUGGAAUGGCGUUAUGUCCAGACAUUUGGUGUCCCACCGACAUAUCGCGACUUUCAUGCCGCUGUCGCAUACGAGGAGGAGCGCAUGUACAUCUUUGGCGGGCGUGGCGAUAAGCAUAGCCCGUACCAUAGUCAGGAGGAGACCUACUGCCAUGAGAUUGUCUAUCUGGACAUGAAGACCAAGGUCUGGUUGCGACCAUUUACGGCGGGCAAAGUGCCGGUGGGCCGACGGAGUCACAGCAUGUUUGUGCACAACAAACUGAUCUUUGUGUUUGGCGGCUAUAAUGGUCUAUUGGAUCAGCACUUCAAUGAUCUGUACACGUUUGAUCCGUGCUCGAAACUGUGGAAUCUGGUGCGUGCCAAUGGCCAGGCGCCGACGGCGCGUCGUCGUCAAUGCGCCAUCGUCAUGGGCACACGAAUGUUUCUCUUUGGCGGCACGAGUCCGCGUUGCAGUUCAGCAAGCACACAAACGGCAUCAACGCGUGGCAUCGAUGGAACGCCAGCGGCAGCGGCAGCUGGGGAGGGAGCAGCUGGUGCGGCACCUGCAACAGCGGCGGCAUCGGCAACGCCGUUGAUUGACUACAGUGAUCUGCAUGUGCUGGACUUUGAGCCAACGCUGAAGACACUCGCCACAAUGGUGGUGCUGAAGUACCAGCUGGAUAUAUCGGGAUUGCCGCGCAGCUUUCGUGCCGACCUCAAUAUGCUGACGCAGCCGAACAGUAUUACGCGUCCCAUCAAUCAGGCUGGCUAGCAAUCAAUCAACAAGCAUCGACAGCAGCAGCAUCAUCGUCAUCAUCAUCUCCAUCGUCAUUGUCAUCAUUACUAUUAUUGUUCAAACGUUGUUACUACUGUCUAAGUGGAUGAGAAUGAAGUGGAGCAGAAGAGGGGAAAAGCGUAGGAGAAGCAGUACAAUGUUGACUCAAGCACCAUCAUCAAUCAAUAUAUCACACCCACAUAAUCGCUUCUAGACAAAAUGCCUGCGGAUCGCACUAGUCCAGUUUAGACGAAAGAGAAACAAACAGAAUGAGAGAGAGAGAGACAGAGAGCAAAUUGCAGCCGAUCUCUUCCACAAAGUGCUCGAAAAUAAAGACACCACAAACACUCAAUACACACACACACACAUACGCACAGCGACUACCAACGAGGAUAAUGCCCCAGUAAUUAACAAAUGUGCAGUUUCAGAAACUCGCUACACACACACACAUACACACACAUAAUUAGCUCUAGUUUGUAAAGUGUUUAUAUAAAUAUAUAUGUAUCUAUAAUUGAAUAUAUCUUAAAUAAAAAACGAAAAGAAAACUCGUAUACAAAAU